CUAGCAGUUCACAAUGACACGCCUUCUCGACGCAAGCUUUGUGCUUCUGCCCGCCAUCGCAUCAGCGCUGUUCGGGACUGCUGCUGCGCAAAAUGCGACUUGCGCGACUAAGGGAAAGCCAGCAGGCAAGGUCCUUCAGGGAUAUUGGGAAAACUGGGAUGGAGCAAGCAACGGUGUUCAUCCUCCAUUUGGUUGGACGCCCAUCGAAAACCCUGUGAUUUUACAAAACGGCUACAACGUGAUCAAUGCCGCAUUCCCAGUUAUUCUUUCAGAUGGAACAGCACUAUGGGAGGACGGCAUGGACGCUACUGUGAAAGUCGCAACGCCAGCUGAAAUGUGUCAGGCAAAGGCAGCUGGCGCUACGAUCCUUAUGUCGAUCGGAGGAGCGACGGCUGCCAUCGACCUGAGCUCCAGUACCGUCGCCGAUAAGUUUAUCUCGACCAUCGUCCCGAUCCUGAAGCAGUACAACUUUGACGGCAUCGACAUUGAUAUUGAAACCGGCUUGGUCGGCAGCGGCAGCGUCGGAACCUUGUCCACCUCUCAGGCAAAUUUGAUCCGGAUUAUCGACGGAAUUCUUGCGCAGAUGCCUUCCAACUUUGGCUUGACAAUGGCGCCAGAGACGGCAUAUGUGACCGGUGGCGGCAUCACAUACGGUUCCAUUUGGGGCUCUUAUCUCCCUAUCAUUCAGAAAUACGUCGACAAUGGCCGCCUGUGGUGGCUGAAUAUGCAAUAUUACAACGGCGACAUGUACGGAUGUGCCGGUGACUCAUACGCGGCUGGCACAGUCGAGGGCUUCAUUGCUCAAACAGACUGCUUGAACAACGGCCUGGUAAUCCAAGGAACUACCUUCAAGGUUCCCUACGACAUGCAAGUUCCUGGUUUGCCUGCUCAGUCUGGUGCUGGCGGCGGUUAUAUGACUCCAGACUUGGUAGGCCAGGCUUGGGAUCACUAUAACGGCGCUCUGAAGGGCCUGAUGACGUGGUCUAUUAACUGGGACGGUUCGAAGAACUGGACUUUCAGCGAUAACUUGAACGGCAGGAUCUAA